AUGACUUCAACUACACCGACUAACAUAAAGAACAAUGAAACUAAUAACAACAAUGACAAUGAAAGCAAGAGUAAGAUUAAACCUUAUCCAUACAAAAUUCAAUCGGUUGAGGAAAAUAUUACGAAGGAAUUGUUAGGUGCAUUCACAGGACAGAAAAAGAAAUUUCUGCAAAUAAGUCCGAAGAAAUGGUUUUUAUGCAGCGGUUUCGAGGGACAAGUACAUGAGUUUUACAAUUUCGCUGUAAGGCCAAGCGAUGUAUUUAUUAUAACGUUUCCUAGGUCAGUUCUAUUUGCACCAUAUUGGGAACACAUUAAAGAAGGUUGGAAUAGACGACAUGAAGAAAAUGUGCUCUUUCUCUUCUAUGAAGAUUUGAAAAAGAACUUAAGACCUAGUAUAAAAAAGCUAUCUUCAUUUUUGGAACAGAGUUAUUCAGAAGAGGAAUACGACAUACUGGAAGACUAUGUGAACAUAGAAAAUUUCAGAAAUAAUAAAGCAGUAAACAGUGAUGAAGACAAAGACCUGGGAGUUAUGACUGAGGCUGCAACAAGCUUCGUUAGAAACGGUGUUGUCGGAGGAUGGAAGUCAUACUUUACCGAUCAACUAAACGCCGAAGCUGAUAGAUGGAUAGAAGAGAAUUUAGAUACAUGUGAUUUAAUAUUUCCUAGUUAA